GGCUUUAUCUGCGUACAUCACCCACCCUUGUACGCGCAUGUAAACACAACAAGAGGAGCAGCCCUGUAUGACAGCCGCUCAGAAAUGUCUCUUUAAGGGUGCAGGGUUUUUUUUAAAGCUCAGACACCGACCUGCGCUGUCUCCAGACCUAAGGAGACUAAAGGACACCGGGGGAGAGAAAACACAGGAGUCUCUUUGGACCUGCAUAUUUCUGUGACGCCAGACUUUAAAUCCGAAAGGGAGCGGAGAGGUUGGAGUUCACUUGACAUAAUGGCAGUGAAUAGGUUGCCAUGGUGACUGAGCCAGGAGCCUGACCCGCGCGAAGUGAAUGGAGCCAACGCCGUGUGAGCGGUAAACAAACGGAACCGAGUGCGCAGUCACCGGAGAGGAACCAGGGGAUCCGGGCAGCGCGUAGGAGCGUGGACCGGGGGGAUAGCAGCAUGGAAGACGGUUUCUCCAGCUACAGCAGCCUCUACGACACCUCAUCCCUGCUCCAGUUCUGUAACGAUGACAGUGCGUCGGCCUGCAGCAGUAUGGAGGUGACAGACCGCAUCGCCUCGCUGGAGCAGAGGGUGCAGAUGCAGGAGGAUGAGAUCCAGCUGCUCAAGUCUGCUCUGGCCGAUGUGGUGCGCAGGCUCAACAUGUCCGAGGAGCAGCAGGUCCUAGGGCCACGCCGGGGCCCCACCAAAGAGGCUGCAGGGAUGAGAAAGUCCCCCUCCGCAGACAGCAGUGUGGGUAGGAAAGCUCGACCAAUGAUUGCCACUCUUCCAGUGAGGCCUAUGGUCAACAACGGGACAGUCCUACCAAAGAAAGGCAGUGGAUUACCCUCCCCAUCUGGAUCUGGGACCAGGAAGGACUCGAGCACUGCAGCUAAUAAGAGCACUGUGAGAAGAGCCAACUCCAAUGAACAUGUGAGCUCUCUGAGCCGGAAGGACUCUGCAGAGACCAAGCGAGCGAGGGCUGGAUCCACAGGCAGCAACUCCAGCAGCAAGAGGAGCGACAGCAAACAAAGGGAGCCAGUCUUUAACCCAGAGGAGGGGUAUGUGAAAAUGUUUUUGAAGGGCCGUCCCGUCACCAUGCACAUGCCCAAAGAUCAGGUGGACAGCUACAGCCUGGAGGCCCGAGGAGAGCUGCCCCCCAGCCGCCUCAAACUGCACUGGGUCUAUGGUUACCGGGGACGGGACUGCCGCUCUAACCUGUACCUGCUACCGACAGGUGAAACGGUGUACUUCAUGGCCUCUGUGGUGGUUUUAUAUAAUGUGGAGGAACAGCUGCAGCGCCACUACACUGGCCACACAGAUGAUAUCAAAUGCCUGGCCGUCCAUCCUGACAAAAUCACCAUAGCAACAGGGCAGGUGGCAGGGACCUCAUCUGAUGGGAAACAGUUGCCUCAUGUCCGUGUGUGGGACUCGGUCAGCCUCAACACACUCCACGUUUUAGGGGCUGGCUUCUUCGACCGCGGCCUGGUUUGCCUUGCGUUUUCCAAGUCGAAUGGUGGCAACACGCUUUGUGCUGUAGAUGACUCUAAUGACCACGUGCUGUCAGUGUGGGAGUGGCAGAGGGAGGUGCGACUGGCGGAGGUCAAGUGCUCCAACGAGUCCGUGUUUGCUGCAGACUUCCACCCCACGGACAGUAAUGUGUUGGUGACAUGUGGAAAGUCCCAUCUGUACUCCUGGAACAUGGAUAAAGGGAUGCUGGUCAAGAAGCAGGGGCUGUUUGAGAAACAAGAGAAGCCUAAGUUUAUUCUGUGUGUAACAUUUGCGGAGAACGGAGACACCAUCACAGGCGACUCCAGUGGAAACAUCCUGGUGUGGGGCAAAGGCACUAACCGUAUCAGCCAGGUCAUUCCCGGAGCGCAUGAGGGUAGUAUCUUUGCUCUGUGCAUGCUCCGGAAUGGAACGCUGGUGUCAGGAGGGAAGGACCGCAGGCUGGUCUCCUGGGACAGUUGCCUACAGCAGAUACAAGCUGUGGAGGUUCCAGAGGUUUUUGGCCCUAUCCGGACUAUUGCUGAAGGUCGAGGAGACACUGUCCUCAUCGGAACCACCAAGAACUUGAUCCUACAAGGCAGUCUAGAUGGAGAGUUUGUGCCCAUCACUCAGGGUCACGUGGAUGAGCUGUGGGGCCUGGCAGCUCACCCCUACAAACCACACUUCCUCACCUGUGGGUACGAUAGGCAGGUGUGUUUGUGGGACUCCAGCUCCCAUCAGCUCAUCUGGGCCAAGAGUCUGGAGGACACAGCUCAGUCAGCAGGAUUCCACCCCUCAGGAGAUGUGGUUGCCAUUGGAACACACACUGGCAGGUGGCUGGUACUGGACACUGAAUCCAAAGACUUAGUUACUGUCCACACAGACGGGAACGAACAACUUUCCACCAUGCGAUAUGGACCAGAUGGAAACUUCUUGGCCAUUGGUUCACAUGACAACUACAUCUAUAUCUAUGCUGUGGGGGAGAGAGGGCGGAAGUACAGCCGCGUGGGCAAGUGUUCGGGUCACUCUAGUUUCAUCACUCACCUGGACUGGUCUGUGGAUUCCCAGUACUUGGUCUCAAAUUCAGGAGACUAUGAAAUAUUGUACUGGAUCCCGUCUGUUUGCAAGCAGGUGGUGAGUGUAGAGACCACCAGAGACAUAGAAUGGGCCAGUUACACAUGCACUCUGGGCUUCCAUGUGUUUGGAGUGUGGCCAGACGGUUCAGACGGCACAGACAUUAAUGCCGCGUGCACGUCCAGCGAUAAGAGGCUGCUGGUGACUGGAGAUGACUUUGGAAAGGUCCACCUCUUCUCUUUCCCCUGCUCACAGUUCAGGGCUCCCAGUCACGUUUAUGGUGGUCAUAGCAGUCAUGUGACCAACGUGAGCUUCCUGUUGGAUGAUAGUUGCUUGGUUUCAACUGGAGGCAAGGACAUGAGCAUCAUGCAGUGGAGAGUAGUCUGAUGAAACCACUUGUGCAUCAGCUGAGCCAGUCAAGUCUCACAGAGUGGAGACCUAGCAGGCACAGAAGAGGAGGAGAGGGGGAGCUGAAAAACAACUGUACAUUUGCUGUUUUAAUCUCACUUUAUGGUUAAACCCUGACUGAUACUGUAGCUUAUACUCACCUGGACUAAACUACGCAUAUCCAACAGCUCAUAUCCAUCACCAAAGGCUCCAGAAAGAUGUCAAAGAGUUAGAUUUUGCAGGAUUGUUGUGGCCUCUUAGAACCACUUAAAGUCAAAGUAUUGAAAAAAAAAAAACUGUGCAUGGAAAGAUAUUUUUAUGUAAUUUUCUAAUAUGUUUGUGUUUUUAUUUAUUAACUCAGGAAAGCACUAAAACACAGGAGAGCAGGCCUGUGCUACUCCGCAUCUCAACCAAGAAAGAGCAUCAGUUAAUGUUUGUGAAGAAGACAAGAUUCAGGAUUCCAUAUUGAGUGUUGCACUGAAUAUAGAUAACGAUGGCUGUCUUUUCUUUUGCAUAACAACAUGGAGAUUUCUUAAACGUAAAAUGGAUAUAUCAUUUGCUUUUCAUGAAAGAACAACACUGAUCAAUUUGAGUGUGUUUCUUUUAGGAGAAAUAUACUGUUCCAGUGUAAUAGAGGUAUUACAGGAGGGAUUUAUCCACUGUAUGAAAUGAAUAGGUUUACAAUUAAAUAUGUCAAUUAGAAUUGCUAACAUUUUACACAAAUUGAAAUACAAUCUAUUGUUUUAC